GUGCUUCUUACUUUCAAACUUUAAAAACGAGGUGACGAGCGUACGAAAAUGCCAACCAAAUAUGACGAGCGUUCGAAUGAGCUCUCAAAGAUGGAGUCCAACGGUUCUUCUUCCUCCCCUUCCCGGGGGGAGUGCCGGUGCAUGAUCAAAGAGCCGAGUCGGUAUGACGGGAGGAAGACCAUUGCUCAGUCCAUGCUGGACCUGGCUCUGCUCACAUCGAACGUCGCUCAACUCAAGUAUCUGCUACAGCAUCCAGACGACCAGUUUUACGUUGUGCUGCUGUCAUUCCUGGGCGUGUCCAUUGGUAUACAGCUGAUCGUGGCCGCCAUCUUGGGAUACCUGUACACACAAAACAUCGAGGCGGUAGAAGAACACAACAGUACGAAGUCGAGUCGAGCCCUACACUUCCUGAACAACGCCGUGACGGUCCUGAUAGUUCUCAUCACCGUCCUCAACGUCAUCAUCUCCGGCUUCGACAUGAAACUGACAGAGCAUCAUAAGGGCGGAGAGAAACCUUGAUCUGUA